AUGAGGGAGAAGGAGAUGCAACAACAACUGAAAAAUGUUUUUGAUAAUUUGAAGAAGUUGUUACUUGAAGACUUAAAAAGUUCGUAUGUUUUGCUCUGGAAAUUACUCUUCACAUUUUCCAUCGUUGGAAGAGCUAAUUAUAGGAGAAUGCCCAAUAUGAAGACUUUCUCUCAAGGAAUCUUACGCACACCAAAGUUACAAAAAGUUGAUUAUGAGGAAAUCAAGUAUAGGAGCAGGGUAAGAAGGAUGGAGUUGGAGAAGAUAAUGGAAGUAGAGAAUGAGGGGAAUGAUCUUAAUAAAACAUACAAGGAGCAUACAAAAAACAGGUUAUGGGAUGGCAUCAUCAGCUUUAUAAAGCAAGACAAAAAUGCAACUUUAUAUAUUAUUUUUAGUUUGGGCUUAGGCCUUUCAGAAAUGAUUAAGAGACAUUUCCCUGAAUUGAAGUUUCUGACAUUCCAAGAUAGUUCUACAGAGAUCUCCUACAACCAACAUCCAAAUUCCUUCUACCAAAAUUUGACACACUUGAUUUUGUCAGAUUGUGGAAACUUAAAAUAUGCAUUUCCAUCUUUCAUUGCCAAAAGCCUCCACCAACUCCAACACUUAAAGAUACAUAAUUGUAAGGUUUUAGAGGAGAUUGUUGCAAAAGAAGGAGCAAAUGAAGAUGACAAUUUUGUCUUUCCACAUAUCAACUCUGAUUUGGAGGAAUUGAAAUUAAAGAAUAAGUUGAGAUGGACUGAAUGGCAGGGACGAUCUAAAACUCUUGAGAUCAGAUAUGAUUAUGAGUUAGCAAAUAUUCCAGUUGGACUUCUUCGGAGAUUUGAAAAUGUGGAAGUGCUUCUACUAAAUUCGUGUGAAUACAAAGAAAUAUUCUCAUGUAGAAAGGAUGAGAAACAAAUGCAAAUCACUUCGGGGCCAUCCCCAACUUCUUUCCAAUAUCUUAAAGUUCUGAGUUUAUAUUCUUGUACUGGGUUGAUGAAGUUAAUAACACCUUCAAUGGCUGGAAGCUUGGUUCAUUUGAUAGAAAUGAGCAUAGAAUAUUGUGGAAUGCUAAUUGAAAUAGUAGAAAAUGAGGGAGAUGCAACAACAACAACAACUGAAAUUGUUUUUGACAAUUUGAAGAAGUUAUCACUUGAAGGGUUAGUAAGUCUCACAUGCUUUUGCUCAGGGAAUUACUAUUUCAAUUUCCCAUCUUUGAAAGAGUUCAUGAUACAUAAUUGCCCCAACAUGAAGACUUUCUCCAAAGGAAUCUUAAGCACACCAAAAUUACAAAAAGUCAAUUGUCAAAUAUCCAACAACGACUUCCACCAGGGGGAAUUAAUGGAAGUAGAGAAUGAACUUAAUAAAACCAUACAAGGAGCAUACAAAAAACAGGUUGACUCCAAUUUGAAGGAAUUGACAUUAAGCGGAAGGGACAUCAUAUCAAUUUGGGAAGGAGAGUUUCCAUAGAGCUUUAGCAAAGUAAAAACUCUUCAAUUGAUUAAUGAUGUAUAUGCAAUUAUUUCAAUUCAGUUCCUUCAUAAA